AAUGGGUUCAAUUGAAAUUGCUGCUAACAAGCAUGACUGCUGCCAAAUAUUUCUGAGCCCAUCCACUGAGGAAAUGUCGAGAGAAAAAAAACCAAAAAAAAACCUUUCUUUCUUUCUUUAAAAUAAAUACUUUGGGAAACCUGUCCUCUAGAACUCCAUGUACAGAUGAGGGGUUUCUAUUCAGUUUACUUAUAGGGGAAAAUUGCAAGAGAAAGCCAUUGCAAGAGAAUAGUUUCAGAUUUGGUUCUGAAUACCCAAACUAGAGGUCACCCCUCACACUGACCUCUAAAAAUGUGUUCUAGCCUAUUGCUAACCAAAACAGAUCAUCCCGCCCACCCCAAACUCAUGCCAUUGGUUGAGUGCUAACUUAAAUACUUUCUCAUUCUGAGUUCAUUCACUGUGUGAUCGCAGGUCGAGAGGAUGACAGCUCGAGUGUACUGCGCUGUGUUAUUGUGUCUGUCUGGAUGCUUGAGCACAACAGAUGCUGCUCCAGGACAAAACUUCACAGAAAAGCCAGGAGUGUGUCCACGCAGACAAUAUGAAGCAGAAAUGUGUGCCAGGAUUAGUUUCGUGUCAUGUGACGAUGACAGUGACUGUGCCAACAAUGAGAAAUGCUGCAACAAUGGAUGUGGACGUCAGUGUAUGCCUCCAGUUAUAGAAAAGCCAGGAGUGUGUCCACGCAGAAAAUAUGAAGCAGAAAUGUGUGCAAGGAUUCGUUUCGUGUCAUGUGACGAUGACAGUGACUGUGCCAAAGAUGAGAAAUGCUGCAACAAUGGAUGUGGACGUCAGUGUAUGCCUCCAGUUAUAGAAAAGCCAGGAGUGUGUCCACGCAGAAAAUAUGAAGCAGAAAUGUGUGCAAGGAUUCGCUUCGUGCCGUGUGACGAUGACAGUGACUGUGCCAAAGAUGAGAAAUGCUGCAACAAUGGAUGUGGACGUCAGUGUAUGCCUCCAGUUAUAGAAAAGCCAGGAGUGUGUCCAAUCAGACAAUAUGCAGCAGAAAUGUGUGCCCGGAUUAGUUUUGUGUCAUGUGCCGAUGACAGUGACUGUGCCAACAAUGAGAAAUGCUGCAGCAAUGGAUGUGGACGUCAGUGUAUGCCUCCAGUUAUAGCGGAGCCCCCGAUAACAGAAAAGCCAGGAGUGUGUCCACGCAGACAAUAUACAGCAGAAAUGUGUGCCCGGAUUCGUUUCGUGUCAUGUGCCAAUGACAGUGACUGUGCCAACAAUGAGAAAUGCUGCAGCAACGGAUGUGGACGUCAGUGUAUGCCUCCAGUUAUAGAAAAGCCAGGAGUGUGUCCACGCAGAAAAUAUGAAGCAGAAAUGUGUGCAAGGAUUCGUUUUGUGUCAUGUGACGAUGACAGUGACUGUGCCAAAGAUGAGAAAUGCUGCAACAAUGGAUGUGGACGUCAGUGUAUGCCUCCAGUUAUAGAAAAGCCAGGAGUGUGUCCACGCAGAAAAUAUGAAGCAGAAAUGUGUGCAAGGAUUCGUUUUGUGUCAUGUGACGAUGACAGUGACUGUGCCAAAGAUGAGAAAUGCUGCAACAAUGGAUGUGGACGUCAGUGUAUGCCUCCAGUUAUAGAAAAGCCAGGAGUGUGUCCAAUCAGACAAUAUGCAGCAGAAAUGUGUGCCCGGAUCAGUUUUGUGUCAUGUGCCGAUGACAGUGACUGUGCCAACAAUGAGAAAUGCUGCAGCAAUGGAUGUGGACGUCAGUGUAUGCCUCCAGUUAUAGCGGAGCCCCCGAUAACAGAAAAGCCAGGAGUGUGUCCACGCAGACAUAUGCAGCAGAAAUGUGUGCCCAGAUUCGUUUCGUGUCAUGUGCCAAUGACAGUGACUGUGCCAACGAUGAGAAAUGCUGCAGCAACGGAUGUGGACGUCAGUGUAUGCCUCCAGUUAUAG